GCAUCCCUGUUUAUAGAGUCUGUGGGCUGCAGUCUCUCUCUCACUCAGUGCAGCGCUCAAUCUCGUGAGAUUACGGAGUCCAUAUUAGUGACGAAACACCACGGUCAUCUGAUAGCAGCUCAGGCCUGUUUCUGAGCGCUGCACACAGAGAGACGUGGACGUUUCUACGAUGGAGAGCAAGAAGAGAAGGGGUAUCUUGGAGCGUCUAAAUGCUGGGGAGGUGGUUGUAGGAGAUGGAGGUUAUGUCUUGCAGCUGGAGCGACGUGGUUAUGUGAAGGCUGGACACUGGACACCUGAAGCAGCUGUUGAACAUCCUGAAGCAGUGCGACAGCUGCACAGGGAGUUCCUGAGAGCAGGAGCCAAUGUGAUUCAGACAUUCACCUUCUACUGCAGUGAGGAUAAACUGGAGAUCAGCGGCAAUGUCAAAAACAUUACAGGGGCGCAGAUCAAUGAUGCAGCGUGUGACCUGGCCAGGGAGGUAGCCAAUGAGGGUGAUGCGUUGGUCGCUGGGUGUGUGUCCAAGACUCCCUGUUAUGUGGAGAGCCACAGUGAGACUGAGGUCAAGGCCAUCUUUAAGAAACAGAUGGAUGACUUCCUCAAGAAAGACAUUGAUUUCUUUAUUGUGGAGUUUGUUGAUCAUGUGGAAGAGGCAGUGUGGGCAGUGGAGGUGCUUAAGACUGGUGGGAAACCAGUAGGUGCCACAUUGUGCAUUUCCCCUCAUGGAGACAAGCACGGAGUCCCACCUGGAGAGUGUGCAGUCAGGCUGGUCAAAGCUGGAGCUGACAUUGUUGGAAUAAACUGCCACUUGGACCCUCUGACGUGCGUUCGUACAGUGAAGUUGAUGAAAGCAGGAUUAGAGAAAGCUGGUCUCAAAGCUCAUCUCAUGAUCCAGCCGCUGGGCUUUCACACACCUGAGUGCAACUUUGGUGGAUACACCAGCCUGCCUGAGUACCCCUUCGCACUGGAGACCAGAGCAAUGACUCGCUGGGACAUCCAUAAAUACGCCAGAGAGGCUUACAAUGCCGGAAUUCGCUACAUUGGUGGCUGCUGUGGAUUUGAGCCUUACCAUAUCAGAGCCAUAGCAGAGGAGGUGUCUGCAGAGAGAGGAUUCCUCCCACCAGCUUCAGAGAAGCACGGACUCUGGGGAGCUGCUCUGGAGAUGCACACUAAACCCUGGGUCAGAGCCAGGGCUCGUCAAGAGUACUGGGAAAACCUUUUGCCUGCUUCUGGACGUCCCAAAUGCCCUUCCAUGGCCACACCAGCUGAUGAUUAUGGAAAAUAGCUGAACUCCAACAUAAUCUCUUGUCGAUACGACACAGUCUAAUCAGAUGAUCCACGAUUUUCCAUAUGAAGAAUGGCAAUAGAGGAUCUCAUCAACCAGAUUUUUGUUUACACAGAGAUUUGUGAAAUGCUUAGUAUUGUUCUAAAACGUACAGUCCCUGUCAUUAUAAUUUGUCCAGUUACACAUAUUACUUAUGUAGUGCCAGUACUCUUAAUUCAGUAAUUGCAAGACAUGAUCAUCAAAGGUGCCUUGGAUAUAUUUGUAUUUACAUGUAUACCUUGUAAGGCUGAACCUUGAAUAGUCGACUAUAAAGAUUUUAUCUCGUAGUCAAAUCCUACAAUGGCAAUAAACUGGUUAUGAAACAAAGGACAUUUUAUUGAGGCUCUAUAUGGGUUCUAAAUGCCUGAUUUAACAUAUAAUUGAGUAAUGUCUUCCAAUAAACCAUGAUAUAUAGCCUAUUUUGGAAUAAAUAUCGACCUAUCAAUAAUUCUAUUAAUUAAAAACAAAGGUAAGGGUACUCAUGGACAAAAAUCAGAAGUGCUGGUGGUCCAUACUGGUGCAUACUGGCCCAUUUUAGGCACUGGAUUGUACACAGGUGCCCUUUACUAUUGAAUAAUGUUAUUGGUUGUAAAACAUCUUCAUAGGUUUAUUGUAUUUGUUGAUUGAUUGUUUUAAUCAGCUUUAAAAUAUUUACACACAUUCAAUUUAAAAAAUCUUGUUUUUCUAACAUUACUUUUUUUUGUCAAAUAAAUAAAUCCUGCUAUA